UGGAUCAACAGGUGAAGAUGAAAGCGCAUUCGUAAACGCGAUUAAGAGGCAGAUCCAAGACGACGCGCGCAAGUGUGUUGCGUCCGUGAACUCGGCGGCUCUGCGCACUGGUGGGUCUUUACGCGCGGCAGUCGUGUAGCGAGGCUGAUGCAGGAAAGAGGGCGGUCAAAGUGUGACGGCGAACACGCCGCUCUUCCACCCGCAGUUUGGCUCCAGUCGAGCGCCGCAGCAUCUCACGUGUGAACCCAGAAGCUUUCGUGCACUUGAUGUCCGCGUCGGUGAUGCCAUGCCUCGGAACCACAGCGGAGACGACGGCGGCACCGGGCUCUGGAUGAGGACGUCGCCGGUUCACCGCACCGAAGGCUUCGGCUUGAAAGAUGUGGAGUCCGGAAGGAAGAUGAUGAACAACGCGGGAGACGGUUUGCUGUCAGCCAGCACCGCCGCGGGCUCUCGGAACCGCGAGAGCCCACGAGGGAAGCAGGGGGCCCGGCUAAGCCUGCUGGGGAAGCCGCUGAUCUACAGCGCGCAAAGCGGCCGCAGGAAUGUUCGAUACCGGCGCCUGCAGAACUACCUGUACAACGUGCUGGAGAGACCCCGAGCCUGGGCGUUCAUCUACCACGCGUUCGUGUUUGUCUUGGUCUUCAGUUGUCUGGUGCUCUCAGUGUUCUCAACCAUCCCAGCCCACCAGGACUUCUCCUCUCAUUGUCUGCUCAUACUGGAGUUUGUCAUGAUUGUGGUGUUCGGGUUCGAGUACAUCAUCCGCAUAUGGUCGGCAGGAUGCUGCUGCCGCUACAGGGGCUGGCAGGGUCGGCUGCGUUUCGCCAGAAAGCCGUUCUGCGUCAUCGACAUUAUAGUGCUGAUUGCUUCAGUGGCGGUGGUGUCAGCUGGGAGCCAGGGAAACAUCUUUGCAACUUCAGUGCUGAGGAGCCUGCGGUUCCUGCAGAUACUGCGUAUGGUGAGAAUGGACAGGAGAGGAGGGACCUGGAAACUGCUGGGAUCAGUGGUCUAUGCACACAGCAAGGAACUCGUGACUGCCUGGUACAUCGGCUUCCUCGUCCUCAUCUUCUCGUCGUUUCUCGUGUAUCUGGCAGAGAACAAGUCAAACAAAGAAUUUGCUACUUACGCUGAUGCCCUAUGGUGGGGAACGAUUACCUUGACAACCAUCGGCUAUGGCGACAAAACACCGAAGUCUUGGAUAGGACGAAUGCUGUCCGCUGGCUUUGCCCUUCUGGGUAUUUCCUUCUUCGCUUUACCAGCAGGGAUCCUGGGAUCUGGCUUUGCCUUGAAGGUCCAAGAGCAGCACAGGCAGAAGCACUUUGAGAAGAGAAGAAAUCCUGCUGCUUACCUCAUCCAGUGUGUUUGGCGUAGUUAUGCGGCUGAUGAACACUCGGUUUCCAUUGCUACCUGGAAGCCUCACUUGAAGGCGUUGCAUACCUGCAGCCCUACGAAGAAGGAUCAGGGGGAGGCGACGACAAGCCAAAAGUUGAGCUUCAAGGAGCGGGUGAGAAUGGCCAGUCCUCGGGGUCAAAGCAUCAAGAACAGACAGACGUCGUCGAUGAACGAUCGGAGGUCCCCGGUGGCUGACUGCGGCACUGACGGAACCAGUCCCUCCAAGGUGCAGAAGAGUUGGAGCUUCAAUGACCGGACUCGCUUCAGACCGUCCCUGCGGCUCAAGAGUCAGUCCAGAUCGACCACUGAUGCAGCAGACUCCAGUGUGGGAGGAGAAGACGGUUUCGAUGAGAAAGGCUGUCACUGUGAGAUCUCAGCUGAGGACUUGCUGCCCAGUGUCAAAUGCGUCAUUCGAGCUGUGAGGAUAAUGAAGUUUCACGUCGCCAAGAAGAAAUUUAAAGAGACGCUUCGGCCUUAUGAUGUGAAGGACGUCAUUGAGCAGUACUCUGCCGGUCACCUGGACAUGCUGUGUCGCAUCAAGAGUCUGCAGACAAGGCUGGACAUGAUCGUUGGUCCCCAGCCACUGAGCAGCCGUGUCAAGACUUUUUCCUCCCCCUCACUGCCUGUCUAUUACAGUCAGGGCAGAAAGAACUCCAGCCAGGGGGUGGACCAGAUCCUGGGGAAGGGCCAGAUCCCUCUGGACAAGAAGAUCCGGGAGAAGCUGCUGUCUGAUGGAGACAUCCUGGAGGACAUGAGCAUGCUUGGGCGUGUCUGCAAAGUGGAGCGACAGGUCCAGUCUAUAGAAUCCAAGCUCGAUUCCCUCCUCGACAUUUACCGGCAAGUCUUACGCAAAGGCUCGUCCUCUGCCAUCACCCUUUCCUCUCUGCCCCUUUUUGAGCUGGAGCAGACUUCUGACUACCAGUCCUCCGUCUUCAGCAAAGAGCUGUCCUCCUCCACGCAGGUCAGUGGUGGCGGAGCGCCUCACCCUGGGGGAUGUAUUACGCGCUCCUCUACCAACUCCCACCUAUCCCAAAGAGGACUUCACCUCAUCCUGGCACCGCCUCCUGAGCUCAGCUCGAAUUUGAAUGCCUCCUGUUCCACACCUCCAUCUGGUCCUGCGUCCUCAUUCAGCCCGUCACCACUUCCGCAUCACCACCAUUACCACCAGCUUCAUCGUCAUCAUCACAGUGCUCACACUACAACGGCUGAAUGUGGCAACGAUGAGGUAGUUGGGAGCUCUCCACCAGCCCUGACUCCAAAUAGUAUAAGCAGUGGUGGAGGCCUGGAGGACGAUGGCUUUCCUCUUCUGCCAAGGCUUCCGCCUCCUCCACCCCUCAGCAGGUGUGGGGGACGAAGUAACUUGGGCCAAACAGCGUCAACAGAAGCGUCUCCUGACAUGGAGGAAUUUUGUCUUGGGAUGCAGAUCGAGGACAACAGGGUAAUGGAGAACUUGGGAUUGGACCCACUGACGCAGGAGUUAUUGACCAAGACCAGCAGAAAUGGAAAACUGAACAACAAGGAAGAGGGUUCCUGGAGGAGGCAGAUGAGCUUAGAACUGGAACCACUGGUGCCAUCUGCUCUCAAGUGCUGCUCUGGUCCCAGCGAGGUGGACCGAUGCCUGGGGAAAGCUGCAUCAGCUCAGAACCUGAUGCAAACUCCGCUAGGAAACGCCUCUGACCCCCACCGCAGCAUCUCUUCUCUUAGCCCCAGCACCGGUAGUGACUCCCCCGUUCGCCUCCAGAGACGGAAGCUUGGGGGAGGUGGCAGGUCAGGAAGAAGCAGUUGGGGAGAGGAGGACCUUUUUAUUAGCGAUAAAGACAGUGCCACCAGAGCUUUUGACUUUCUGUCGUCUGGGAUAGUCGAGACCUCAGCGUUCUCCCCCGAGCUUCUCAGGACAGGGAGCAGAGCUGGGGCAGGAUCCCGAGGCUCCAACCGAAGCCUGGCAGGCAGCCACACGUCAUUGCCCCAUGCUGGCAGCAGCGAAUUGCUCAACAUGCCACACGUGCGUUUAAAAUAGCUCUAGCUGCAAAGGACGCACGGCCCCUGGCAACUAGCAACGACGGUCGUGAUGACGCUUCGAUGUCCAUCCAUUUGAUAUGAAUCACAGUAUUUUCAUAAAGGCCCGUCUCACAUCUCUGCAUGAGUGCUUUGUUCAAAGCAAAUGGUGUUUUUAGACGACAAAAGACGGCUUGUAGAGUAGAAUGAAAAUGCAAAGACUUCACUAUUUAACGACCCCAACGGAACUUUUCGAGGUUGGUUGACGACAGUUUGUAAAAUAAAUGUGUUGCUGUUUACAUUAAUCGGAUAGAAAGUGCAUGGGAUACUACACAGUUGCCAAAUUAGGUAGGUCACGACAGCUUCAUUUUUUUUCUUUUCGGUAGGAGGGGCGACAACAACUACAACAACAAUAAUAAUAAUAAUAAUAAAAUAAUAAUAAUCAUAAUAAUCAUAAUCAUAAUAGACAACGUAGCAGUAUGUAAAAUUGCAUGAGGAGUAGUUGAACUGGCAGACCUGCUGUAUGCAGCAGACAGAUCAUGUGUCUGUCUCACAAGGUGGUAUAAUAUUUACUGAAUUAAUUGUAACUGUAAUGGACAUUAUUGUCCAGUUGUAUGUAAUUGUGAAAUGACCUUAAGUUCAGAAUUCCAUGGCAACCAAAUCCACCUCUGCCUAUAUUUUACCGGCUAAGGUGUUCUGGUGGACAAUGAAUGAAAUCUGCUGUAAGAAGUUUAUUUAUUAUUAUUAUUAUUAUUAUUAUUAUUAUUAUUAUUAUUCAGGGAGUGCAUGGCACAUUAAGGGCAAAUAAUCACCAAUGACUCCUGCUGUGAUAAAAAUACUGAUAUGAAAAAAGAAAAAAAAAGAAUAUGGAAUAAUACACAAAUCACCAGAAAAAAAAAAGAGUGGGAAAUAUUUAAAUACUAUGAUUGUUCUGGAGCAUUUUGUGCAUUUGCAAUAAACCUGGCACAGCAAGCUGGAAAGCUUGUCAUGUUUCAUAAGCCUUGUCCACUCCAUUUUUCUUUUACAUAAAAAUGGAGUUAUUUCAUGCAAACCGCUGAAAAUAAUUUGCUUUUUGAUUUGAUUCUUGAGUCUUUAGCUCUAGAGCUGUGGAGUGAGUCCCGGGGUGGAAGUCUAGAGAGGCGGGGCUAGGAUGCCAUCAUUUGAAAUCUCUCCUCCCUGCGACAGGGUUUCAAUAAGACACAGUGGGAGACUGAAUUUGUGGACACUCAGAGAUGGAGUUGGUUCGUCUCCAACUCUAUUCUAACAACUCACUUGGGUAUUCUGCCAUAGCGCUCGGGAGAUGACGCAACAGUUGGAUGAAUGAUGAUGACUGAUGUUUGGAAAUAUGAUACUACACGAUUUCAUGUUCAGGCUUACCAAUGUUUACAAGGCAACGAUGACACAACAAUCGUAUUCAUUUGAAUUGUCUCACCUCUGUGGGAUCAGGUUAUUCACUGAUUUAUCCAUCUUUAUAAAGCACAUCAAAUGCCUUUACUUUUUUAUUAUUUUCUUCUAAAUGAACUCAAUGUUAAAAUGUGCUGAUAUUUUUUAACAUGUAAAAGAGGUGAUGAAUAAUAUUAACAAUUUGAAAAAGACUUAAUUUAAACAAAUUGUGGUUUCAUACCAUAUCAAGAGAAUUCUAGUAGCAGUUUCAGACUUUAUUCUAUUAAAAUAUUAACAUUAUUAAAAAGAAUUUUCUGUCCAUCCGCACAGACUUAUUCCUUCAUCAUGGAUGUUUUGGUUAUGACAUCACAUUGUAUAAUGUGGUGCACAUGAAAAAUCAAAGUUCAUCAAUUGUCAAUUGUUUAUUAUAAACAUCAGUUAUUGCACAAAGAGACCCAGCCAAGUACAACGGUAUAAUACAGAUUUCUUCACACCAACUCACAACAUGACUGAUAAUCUGAAUCUCUGUUUUCAUCCUGGGAUCCUUGUUUUUGCUCGGCGGCAGAAUGUAUUGCCAAUGUUAUUAUGAGCACAUGAUGUAUGGUUUAAGUUGCCUGUUGCAUGGUGCAUUGGAAUGGGAGCCUCUUCUUUUCUUCUCUGUCGUGGGUCCAGGUAGUAAAUAAUCUGAAGCCUCUGUGGUUGGCAGGAUGUCGGAGUGAAGUGACCUGAUUCAUUUCUUUAUGUUCCAACUAAGCAUAUUGUGCAUGACUCAGCUGCCAGACUUUUUAUUUCAGCCAAUGUUGAUGUCCAGAGGGCUGGACGUUUUGAGCGAUGGAGGCUGAGAACUGUGCCGUUCACACUGUAGCUUGGUGCCUUGCUUUCUGCGAAACAUAUUCAUUUCCAAAUGGAUACAUCUGAAUCAGAGUAACCUUCGGAGUUCUCUCAUCUGAACUUCAGAGAUGAUUUUUAACUGGGCAUUAAACAAGCCUGUUUUUGACUUACUUGAAAUGAUGUGCACAUAUGAACACACUAGAUUAACCAGGACUGUACUGUGAUGAAGACUGCAAGCAUUCAUCAAUAAAGAAAGUCUACAGACACUUUUCUGUUGUCCUCCAUCCUGUGGUGAGUAGGGAAACUCUUCACUGUCCAUUGUGUGGUGGCAGCAGGGCCAGGUUUCGUUUACCAAGCCAGUCAUUCACAUUAAAAACAAGAAUCCUUCUCUGAUGAAAAGGCUCUUGGUCCUUUGGUGUUUUUAGCUCCCGCUUAGAAAUUCUUCAGUCUGACCCUAAAUUCGAGACAAGUUGUUGGACAUGGAUCACUUGUUUCUCGCAAACAUUCUCGACGGUUCAAACGGUUCUCGACCACAAUCCGUUCCAGAUGGCCGUUCGAGAAGCGAAUUGUUCAAAAUCUGAAUCGAUUUUUCCCAUUACAAUGAAUGGAAAAAGAAAUAAUGCGUUCCAAGCCUUAAAAUAGUCUUUUG